UUUCAUUAUUACUUACCAAAAAAAAAAAUUAUUUAUAACAAUUCCAACGCAUAUAGCCGAUGGCUUUGUGGAAAAAAAGGGAUAUAAUAAUCUGAAAAGAAGUUUCUUAUUUUAACUUUCUAAAAAAAAAAAAUUUACUAUAUAUAUAAAAUUAUAAAAAAAAAAAAGUUGCUUCGUCUCUUUUAAUAAUAAUUGAGUUAUGGUUAUUUGAGAGCUCAACUUUAUUUUAUAUAUAUAUAUAUGUAUAUUUUUUUUUUAUAUUAUUUAAAAAGAUUUUUUUUUUUUACUAGUAAAAUAUGCCAUUUACGUUAGCAGCACCACACUCAGAGGUUGAACCUUCUAGACAAGAAACUCAAAGAGCUUCGCUUUUCAAUACUAACGCCGUUUCCGAUACCGCCACUACCACAAAUCAUCACCCACAAAGACAAAGAAGUGCAUGUAGUUUAUUAAUUCAAACCCUAAAAACGAAUUCAAUGGUUCGUUAUGGUGUAUUAAUAUUUAUAAUAGCAUUAAUUAGCAUAUUAUAUUUUGCUACAACACAUCAAGUAUUAAAACCGACAGGAGCGGGACCAACAAUAACAAGUGAAUUAUUAACCUUUAACCCAAAGAAAGUUCCAGAUACUAUUCAAAAGCCACCCGAUGAUGGAUUUCUUUCAUCAAUAGGUGGUACUCAACUAUAUGAUACUUAUGAUGCCAAUGGUAAAGGAAAUGUACAGCAGAAAGUUGAAGGUACUUUAACAAAUAAUACAAGUCAAAAUUUAAGGGGAAUAUUAUAUGAUCGUGGAGAUGGUUGCCAAAGUAUUAAGUUCGGUUCAGCUGAACCAUCACCACCGGGAACUAUUCCUUCAAUUCCAGUACCUAAUGCACUUUCACCUUAUAAAAUUGGUUUAAUAACAUCUGAUGCUAGUCCAGCGAAUCCAAAUUGUAAUUUAGCAACGAAAAUUAAUAAUUCGAUAGCUGAUAAUGAUACAGCAUUAAUUUUAACUUAUCAAAGUAAUAUGGAUGAAGUUUUAAAAUUGAAACAAAAUGAUUAUGAAAUAACAAUAUUUACUAUUAAUAAAUCAGCGGGUAAGAGUUUAUCAGAUGAAUUAGAUCUUAUACAUAGCAAGUAUUUGUCGAAUAAAGAUGAAACUACUAGAACUGUCUUAACUGUUACUUUGAGCCCUUACCGUCAAUUGGUCGUUAGUUCUUGGUUAUUCGCUAUGUUUGCAGUUGGUGGUAUUUUAGUUGCUUCAUUUUUUGUGUCCAUUUUAAUUCAUAUGAGACUUUAUCGUUUAAGGAGGAAUCAACAAGAUGAAGUAAGAAGACAGAGAGCUGUUGAUGAAGAAUUAGGAAUGAAAAAAUGGACUCUAGAUAAAGAAGAUAUUGACACUUUCCCUAUCGUUGUUUAUGUUAAAAAAACUGUGACAACUUCGAGUAAUGUAGUAGAAUCAACUAAUGAUGCUGCAAAAUCAUCAACGAGCGAUUCGGAUGAACAAAAUGAAAAUGAUGAUCCAAGAACACAAAAUAAAAACAAUGAAUCCACUUCAAGGGAUCAACAACUUCAUCGUUCAGGAUCAACACGUUCAACACGUUCAACAAAAUCAACAAGAUCAGUUAAUGCGAUUAAUAACGCAACAAAUUUAUAUAAUUCAACAACCACUCCAACCACUCCAACCACUCCAGUCACUCCGAUCGCUCCAAUCACCUCUCCAACCUCUCCAACCGUUUCAACCACUCCAACCACUCCAAUCACUUCAACUACUCCAACAGCAUCAGCAGCAACUGUAACAGAUGACAGUGAUGUAGAUACGUGUGCAAUAUGUAUAGAAGAUUUUGAGGACGGUGAAAAAUUAAGAUUAUUACCCUGUAAACACUGGUAUCACGUAGAAUGUAUUGAUCCUUGGUUAACAACAAAAAGUAGCAGUUGUCCUUUAUGUAAAACAGAUUGUAGGCCAAAUCAAAUUGAAGAAAUAGUUACUGAUAGUAGACCUGAUCAAGAUAAUAAUGUUGAAAGCGAAGAAAGUGACAGAAAUGUUAAUAAUGUUGUCGGUAGAAUGAGUAAAGCCGUUGGUAAAUUAUUUGGUAGUAUAGGAAGAAGAAGUACAAGCGUAAGACCGGUAAAUACACAACAACCACAACAACCACAACAAUCACGAAAUAAUAAUGAUAGUACCGUAGUUGAAUUAGAAAUGGAAAACAUUAAUUCUUCGAGAUAAGAAGAAAUAUUAUAUUUAUUGUUAUUAAUUUUUAUAUAUAUAUAUAUAUUUAACGACAUUCUUUUAUAUAUUAGGAAUGGGUGAGGCGUGUAUAAGUGUAUUAUAAUUUUUUCCCCUGUAUUUUAGUUAAAAUAAAAAAAAAAAA